AUGGGUACGCAGCGAGAGGCUACAGUCGACGCCCACGACACUCGCAUCGAGCAAGUGCCAGUGUCCGAUGCGGCUCUCCUUCGCCGCAUAGACUGGCGGAUCAUCCCGAUCAUGUUUCUGGCUUAUUUUCUGCAGUUUCUGGACAAGGUGGUGCUUAACUACGCAAAUGUCAUGGGCAUUCAAGCCGACCUGGGAAUGUCUGGGAAUGACUUUUCCUGGCUGGCAACGGCUUUUUUCAUCGCCUACUGCAUCGCCGAAAUUCCACAAGGCUUCCUCCUCCACAAGUACCCCAUCCCCAAAGUCCUCGGCUGCAACAUGUUGAUCUGGGGAAUCACCAUCUGCUGCACUGCUGCAGCACAAGACUACGCGGGUAUCUUGGCCUUGCGAAUCAUCUUGGGCACCACAGAGGCCGUUAUCGCACCGGCCCUUACAAUCUACACCAGCCUGUGGUACACGCCCGCAGAGGCAACCCCGCGCUUCGGCCUCUGGUACUGCGGUCUCGGAACCGGCCAGAUCCUCGGCGGGCUGAUCUCCUUUGGCGCGCAACAUGCCCCGUCCUCGCUCUCCUUCGCCGGAUGGCGCAUCAUGUUUGUCGUCGUCGGCGCAGUCAACAUCUCCGUCGCCCUUCUAGUCCUUACUUUCCUCCCAAAUAAUCCUCAUACAUCGCCCUUCCUCUCCCUAGCGGAGAAAACCCACAUCGCCCACCGCCUCAGCACAUCCCCAUCUCUAACCCUCAACUCCAAAACAAUCCACAUCCCCUCCCUCUACGCAGCCCUAACCGACCCGCAAACCCACCUCCUCGUCCUCCUCACAAUCCUCACCUGCACGCCCUCAGGCCUAAUAACGACCUUCUCCGCACUGCUGAUCCGGAAUUUCGGGUAUACAUCUCGCGAAGCCGCGCUGCUGAAUAUGCCCUCGGGCGUCGUGAGUAUUGUCUCGACGCUGUGUGCGACGGUUGCAAUUGCGCGUGGGUAUCCGCGCUGGCUGGCGAUUAAUGUCCUCCUCGUCCCGACGCUUGUCGGCGCGUGUUUGAUCUCGUUCCUUCCGCCCGAGGGGAAUGAGGCCGGGUGUUUGGUUGGGAUUUAUUUGGUGAAUACGACCGUCGCCCCGCUAGCCCUAGUCUUCGCGUGGACCGGCGCGAAUUUCAAAAACACCACGAUGAAAGUUACGGGGUGCGCAGCCGUCUCCGCGGGGUUCGGGAUCGCAAAUAUCAUCGGCCCGCAGACCUUUCAGGCCAGGGAUGCGCCGGACUACACCCCGGCAAAAAUCACAAUCGUCGCCGUGAACGCGAGCGCGAUGGUUGUUUCGACGGCGUUGAGGGUGUUGUAUGGGAUGAGGAACGCGAGGGCGCAGGGGAGGGGUCCGGGUGGUGCGGCGAGGGGGUCGAUUGAGGCGAGGUUCAUGAAGGAUGGCAAUACCACCGAUGAGAGUCCAGGGUUUCGGUAUGUGUAUUAG